CUUUCCUCCUGCCAUUUCUGCGCUGUUCGCUGGCCCAACGUCGUCGACGUUCUGCUGAUCGUAUUGGUCGUUUCCUAGACCGGCAGGCUCCGCUGGUCUUGUCUAGACACAACGUCGCAUAUCCAACCUUGCGGCCUUGAUUCUAGCUCGUUCAUUUCCGGCUCGACGUCGACACUUCUUUGCAACACCAACCCUUUGCUAAAGGAGCUGUAAACACCUUUCAUUGCUAUAUUCUCUCAUGUCAACGACAACUCUUCAGCCUCCGGCGAGUCCUAGUCACUCGCCGGCACCAGGUGGCAACGAAAACGGCCGGUCACCGAAUGUGCGCGCGUCCAUGGGACCCUCUUCGCGCCCAGCGGGAAAUAACCCAGGUGCUCCGCCUGUAUCACCUCGUCCUGGCGCCAUCUCAGGUGCAGGCAGGCCCACAAGUGAAUUGCUUGGUGGCUCGGGCAUGUUUCAGACGCCGGAAGCUGAGGCUAUCGACCAAUGGUUUGAGAACCUCCAGAACUACGAGGAGAUGCUCGAGGAUAUGGCUGCAGCCUCGCUGGAUGUAAAUUUCAAGGAAGAACUGAGCGCCAUCGAGCAAUGGUUCAAGGUUCUUUCUGAAGCUGAGCGCACAGCCGCUCUUUACAGUCUUUUACAACAUUCGACACAAGUACAGAUUAGGUUCUUCAUUACAGUUUUGCAGCAGAUGGCAAGGGCCGAUCCUAUGACCGCGCUGCUCAGCCCUGCCGUUGGUGGCUCCAUGCAGGCUCAGAUGGAGGCGAAGUUGGCGAGCAUGAAUCUCAAGUCGCCGGGGCUUAAGUCCCCCCUUCCGGCCUCGCCGUCCGCUCGCAACUUUAGCGCUAAUCGUCAAUCGCUCGCGUUGGAUAGCUCGUCGCACUUCCUGUCUCCCGAGUCUGCCAACUUGGCCUCUCCCAACCCCGGCGAUCCGGCAUCAACACUGGCGCAGCAGAGGGCUAAGUUGAACGCCAGGAAUGCGGCGCAUCGUAUCUCCGCGCCUCCUCUCGCCUCCGGUGGUGGCGAUGGCAGGACCAUGUGGGGACAGAACUCGAACCAGCUGGGACAGGUCGAGGAGCGUUCGCCUUCGCCGGCGCAGGAACUUACCAUUCCUGCGCCGAACACAUCUUCUGCUAGGCCCAAGAGUACAGACUUCUCUGGCUUGACCAAGGCAUUCCAGUCCCCGAGGGGCAAUGGAAAUGAGCUCGACAACGUUGCUUUGUCGCCCAUGGUCGGCGACAGUUGGGCUAGCCAGGUCAACACUCCAUUGAUGCCGAUGUUUAAGAACAACCGUGACUCUAACGCCAACCUCGAUGCCGCCGCAGCGAAAUUGACGGACUGGUCCAGCAACGCUCGCGUCCCGUUGAUGUCCGACCCACCCAAGCCUGGCAUGCGUCGUGGAUCCAAGCAGAGUAACGACAAUCAAAACAGUGCCUUCAACAACAACGGUCUCUUGGCUCCGGGCCAUCAGCCCGGCGGGCAGCAGCAGCGCAACGGCGGGAACGGAUUUGCCGGCCAGGCCGGCUGGUCUGGGGCCAAGAGCCCGGCGCUCUCCAAUACAUCUUCGAACAGAUUCGGCGGCAGCGACGACGGCAGCAUGGCCGGCCUUGGAAUGGGAGGCUUUGGGAUGGGACUGGGCAGUCCCGGAUUGGGUAUGGGUCUGCCGGGUGCUGGAGGACUUGGCAUGCCCGGCUUGGCUGGCAUGGGCCAGCUGAACCCAUUGAUGAACAUGAAUAUGCUUAACAUGGCGAACUUGGGCGCGCUGGGCAUGUCGCCCGAGUCGCAGUUGCUUGCAGCCCAGAUGGCGGCCGCCGGAGGUUUCGGCCAGCCUGGGUUGAAUCCGUUCAUGGGUCUGCAGCAGCAACAGCAGAUGAACAACCGUAACAACAAUAACCGCGCUCCCGGGGGACGUCCUAGCGGCAACAAGUCCGCGAGCGGAAGAGAGAAGAAGGACGAGGAGGAUGUGGACCCGAAGGUCCUGGAGGACGUCCCAGCCUGGCUGCGCUCGCUGAGGCUGCACAAGUACACGCCCAACUUUGAGGGCAUGAACUGGCGGCAGAUGGUCGUGAUGACCGAGGCGGAUUUAGAAAAGCAAGGCGUCGCAGCCCUGGGGGCCAGGAGGAAGAUGCUCAAGACAUUCGAGGUUGUCCGCAAGAAGAUGGGCAUUGACUCGCCCGUCGAAGGCGGCGCUGGGGCUGCAUAAAUGGAUGGCCUCGCAGUAAAUUGCCGCAAACUUGGCAACAAAUUAUGAAUACGGCCCAAGGAGCUGUACGGAUAUUUCUUUUCUUUCCAUUAUGGUUAUGGCUAUCGGACGGAUACAUAAUGACUCUGUCGAUGCAGAUUCAGCGUACGUACCUUUUCCACUAAUUGGCAUCGUGCCCUGGUCCGGUGUUGACCUCUCGAUUUCCUCUCAUGUAUUUACGAUUAAUCUGAAAUAUGGAUACCUCUUUCUUGUCUCUUUUUUCAACUCCUACUUGCAAUCCCUGGCUGUUAUUUGU